AUGGUCGAACUAUCCAAUGCAUACCAUGGAUCUCAUCAAGUGCCAGUGAACACGGUGGAACGACUGGAACCGGCCGAUGAGGAGAGCCGGCGUGAGGAUGACCUAACCACCUGGCGAUGGAUUUCCGUCUCGCUACCACUGACCCAUCGAAUUGAGAUUGAGGGCGCCUUAACUGUGUCAAACUCACUUCUGACCAAUGUCCUAACUUACGUCUUUCUGAGAGAGCAUGGAAUGCUUCGCUACCGCGUGGCCAUUUCACCGGCAGGUUGA